CCACGGUAGCCGGAUUUCCGCGGUGUGGCGAGGCGCUCUUCUGGAGAAUAAGAAGGGUUCUCCUCUUGGUCGUCCACCACUGGCCCCAUGGCUGCCAUGCAGAUGGAUCCUGAGCUAGCCAAGCGCCUCUUCUUUGAAGGUGCCACUGUGGUCAUCCUGAACAUGCCCAAAGGAACAGAGUUUGGCAUUGACUACAACUCCUGGGAGGUGGGGCCCAAGUUCCGGGGUGUGAAGAUGAUCCCACCAGGCAUCCACUUUCUCCAUUACAGCUCUGUGGACAAGGCCAAUCCCAGGGAGGUGGGCCCCCGGAUGGGCUUCUUCCUUAGUCUGCAGCAACGGGGGCUAACUGUCCUGCAUUGGAAUGCAGUUCAGGAAGAGGUAGACCUGUCUCCAGUCCCAGAGUCUGAAGUAGAAGCCAUGAGGGCCAACCUCCAGGAGCUGGACCAGUUCCUGGGACCUUACCCAUAUGCCACACUCAAGAAGUGGAUCUCACUCACCAACUUCAUCAGUGAAGCCAUAAUGGAGAAGCUACAGCCUGAGAGCCGGCAGAUCUGUGCCUUCUCUGAUGUGCUACCUGUGCUCUCCAUGAAGCACACUAAAGACCGGGUGGGACAGAAUCUACCCUGCUGUGGCACUGAGUGCAAAAGCUACCAAGAGGGCUUGGCCCGGCUGCCUGAGAUGAAGCCAAGAGCCGGGACAGAAAUCCGCUUCUCAGAGCUGCCCACACAGAUGUUUCCAGCAGGGGCCACACCAGCAGAGAUAACCAGGCACAGCAUGGAUCUCAGCUAUGCCCUGGAGACUGUGCUCAGCAAGCAGUUCCCCAGCAGCCCCCAGGAUGUGCUUGGUGAACUCCAAUUCGCCUUUGUGUGCUUCCUUCUGGGGAAUGUGUAUGAGGCUUUUGAGCAUUGGAAGCGACUCCUGAACCUCCUGUGCCGGUCUGAAGCAGCCAUGGUGAAGCACCACACCCUCUUUGUCAACCUCAUCUCCAUCCUGUACCACCAGCUUGGUGAGAUUCCCGCCGACUUCUUUGUGGACAUUGUCUCCCAAGACAAUUUCCUCACCAGCACCUUACAGGUUUUCUUUUCCUCCGCCUGCAGCAUUGCUGUGGAUGCCACCCUGAGGAAGAAAGCUGAGAAGUUCCAAGCUCACCUGACCAGGAAGUUCCGAUGGGACUUUGCCGCAGAGCCGGAGGACUGUGCCCCGGUGGUGGUAGAGCUCCCUGCGGGCGCCGAGAUGGACUAACUCUGGAGGCCCUCAGCUGGAGAGGCCCCUGACACCUGGCUGCAGCCCAGCCUCCCCAGUCAGUCCUCCCUGUCCUGGACCUGCCCUGGCCUCGGGUUCACCAGGCUCUGCAGAGGUGGAUCCAGAAUUGCCUUCUUCGCCAGUCAAUAAGUUUCUCACUGCCAAAGAGGCUGCCUGUCCUGCAGGCACGUUUGUGGGUUCCCUGUCAUAUUGUGGGACCUGCCUCAGUGGCAGCUAAAUCCUUCUGAAUGAGAAAAAAUUUGGACCAAACAUCCAAGAGAGAUCUAAUUGCUCUUUGUGUAGGACAGUUAGGAAACAAGACACGCUGGGCUGCUCUGAGAUGGCAGUUUGUGACCUUUUUGAAGUGGAAUGGGGUAAUGGGGACAGGAGCCAGAAUUUCUGCCUGCCCCUGUUCAAAUGGGAGUAUGUCACAGGAAACUUGGGCCUGUGAACCCUCAGGAGCCCCAGACUUGGGCGUAGGGUGACAAGAAAGGCGGUUCGGUCUGGCCAGUGGUCAGCUUCAGCUUUUACCAUCUAAAUCCCAUUCUCCUGUCCGAGGCCCCAGAGGGUAAUCUCCCAAAUUGGUGUGGCCUCUCAGGAGUCUUGCUGGUGCCAUCACCUCCCUCCUGUUUCCUUCCAGGACCUCAGACCCAACCCUCCUACAUGUCCCCUUCCUCACCAGAGCCACCAUGACUUUCUGAUGACCUGGAGAGUCAAAACAAAAAGUUCCUGCUCUGAGCAUGCUUAUGCUCUGUUGACAGCCUUCCAAGUGCUGGAGAUGACCUGGUCAGCCCAAGUCUCCCCAGUGCUGCUGUGUGUGGAGCUGUCCAUCAUUAGAGUAAUGCUGCUUCCAGUUUCCCCGGUGUUCUGGGGGCAUGCCUCUCAUACUGUGUGGGCAGAGUGCUAUCUCUAGACGGGCACACAGACCCUGCCACCCUGACCUCAAGCUGUCGUACUGUGGUCAGGGUCUCUGUGCCAUCCUUCUCCAAGGCUCACAGUUUUUGAAGGAGAAUCCCUGCUGGUUAAGACUCUUGGUUCCACUUGUUUCCUUGAAGAUAUUUUUCCAAGAGCAUAAUGUACAUUAAAGUCUGAGUUGAGACUACA